AGGGUUUUAGAAUUCCAUUCCAAUCUCCAUUUCGAUCUCAUCUCUGAGCUCGAUUUUCUAGUUGGAGAUGACGGUGCCUUUGGGAUCCCUUCCUCUUGGUUUCCGCUUCCAUCCCACCGAUGAGGAGCUCAUCAAUCACUACCUCAAGCGUAAGAUCAAUGGACGUAUCCGCUCCGACGUUGAGGUUAUCCCUGAGAUCGAUGUCUGCAAGUGCGAGCCCUGGGAUCUCCCUGAUAAGUCGCUGAUACGAUCUGAUGAUCCGGAGUGGUUUUUCUUCUCGCCGAGAGAUCGGAAGUACCCUAAUGGCCAUAGGUCGAACCGUGCGACGGAGGCGGGGUACUGGAAGGCUACUGGCAAGGAUCGCACCAUUCGGUCUCGUUCCUUGGUUGUUGGCAUGAAAAAAACUCUUGUCUUUCACCGUGGCCGUGCUCCCAAGGGCGUUCGAACCAACUGGAUCAUGCACGAGUACAGGACUACUGAGCCUGACUUCGAAUGCGGCGAGCAGGGUGGUUUUGUUCUUUGCCGCUUGUUUAGAAAGCCUGAAGAAAGGAGUCCAAGUCCUAAUAUUGAUGAGAUGGAGAUAAAUGAGGUGUCUCCUUCACCUCCCAGAUCUUCUCCUGAUGAAAUCCCACAGGAACCCGAUGCAUCAGUAGAACUUGCCUCGCCCGUGAACCAAAAGCUUCCUGUGUCAAUUGGACAAGGUGUUCCACAAUCUUUGCCUGAUUCUACUGAAAAGCAAUCAUCAGGUAUUGAGAGGUGGCUAGCAGAUAAAGCGGAAUACCCAGCGGUCUACACUGUAAAACCAGAGAGUGACAACUUCAAUAGCAAUGUUUCUCGGGAUUCAGGUUUUCCUCAGGCUGAAGAAGAAACAGAGGAUCAUCUCUUGAUGCAUGAGAUAGCGCAAAUUUGUGAUGCCCAAUAUGAUCAGAUUUAUUUUGAUGGGUUUCCCAAUGUUUCUUCGCCAGCGCUCCCAUACACAAACUAUCCUUUCACUGACAAUCCUGCCAUUGGCUCAGAUAUGGGAUUGCUUGAGGGUGUUAGUGAUGAUCCAAGCAUUGCUGCAUUCUUGGAUGCAAUUCUCAGCCAUCAAGAUGAAGAUUCCUCUGGGGACUUCUGUUUACAGAGCUGCAUUCCUGAGAUAUCCGUAGAAGGACAAAGUUUUACAGGUGCACCCUUGGGGGAGUCACCUUCAGUGAAGGAUAAUGGAUCUAUCAGUGAUGCUGAUACUGAAGUAGGAUUAGCAGAGUGUGGUCUGCCUCCGGGUGCUUCUGACUGGUCAUUCCAGCCUCCAUUGUUAAUUAGAGAUUCUCUGCAUGUUAGUUCUAACAUACAACAAGAGAUUGCACCUGUAUCCUUAUUGUCCACUGAAAGUUCUGCACCUGAGGUUUCUCUUGUGGAUUCUGCGGCAGAUUCAGCCUAUGAUUUGCUCCAUAGUUUUGCAGAUUCAACCUAUCAGAAUAAUUUUAACCAAGAAGGUCAUUCAGAGGAGACUGAAGUAGUUAUCCGCAGACAUCAGCCUCAGUACCGUAAUAGCAUGACCAACAUGUUAGCCAACCAAGGCACUGCAUUCAGAAGGAUUCGGUUGCAACUUCCGUUUGAUGAGGAACAAUUGUCAUUUGGCAACGAAGAAUCAAGUGAUACUAAAAAUGAUGAUGAAUUUAGUGUGGCAACUGUUGCAUCAAGCAAUAAUAAAGAUGGUCAGGAGGUUAAUCAACUUGACACUGGAGUGAACAGUUAUCAAAAAGAUGAUUAUGUUCCUGAGAUGGGGGAUUGCAACUCUAGCAAUACUGAGGUAUCUAAUUGUUUGCUUGAUGAUAACAAUGGCAAUUUGGAGGUCAAUAAUGUGGUCAGGGAAAGCAAGGCUGAGGAUGAAGAUGAAGUUUUACACACUGCACACCCAGAUAAGCACAACAACUUAGCUAGCUAUGAGAUUAACACCAUCACUCAGAAGAGCAUUUCUGUUCAGCUGGAGACUCUUCAGGACUCUGGACCUACUCUGAGGUUGAGAUCAAAAUUAACAAAUUACUCCAAUGGGAGCAAUAGGAGGAAUACAUCAAUGGACUCAAAGAUUAACCACAAUACUCCUCUGACAUCCAUCACUACUAACAAGAAGUUCACUGGUUCUGCUACUAUUUAUCUAAUGUGUUUGAUCAUGUUAGUCCUAUGUUUUUUUAUGUGCUUCGGAUUGCGAAGGGGUGUAUUUCCUCAAGUGUUGUAGAUUAUCGGCGUAUUUAUAUUUGUAUAAUUUAGUGUUAUAUGUGUUUGUGUAUCUCUGUAAAUAUCGCAUCUUUUGAGCUUGUAACAAGAUUCUCCAAUCAGUAUGAAUUGGAUUGCACUCUCUUUCAGCCUAUGGUAUUAACGGCUGCUUGUUUUGUCUUA